AUGGCUGCGAAACCGUUGCAAAGCAGCAACAACGCCAAUGUGGCCAAGCCGCCGGCAUCGAAAGCCGGGAAGACGAUCGAAGAGAUGUACCAGAAGAAGUCGCAGCUGGAGCACAUCUUACUCCGGCCAGACACUUACAUCGGAUCGAUAGAGAAGCACACCCAGACGCUCUGGGUCUACGAGAACGACGAGAUGGUGUACCGCCCUGUGACGUAUGUUCCCGGCCUUUACAAGAUCUUCGACGAGAUCCUCGUGAACGCCGCUGACAACAAACAGAGAGAUCCGUCGAUGGAUUCCGUCAAAGUUGUGAUCGACGUUGAGCAUAGUCUGAUCAGUGUGUGUAACAGCGGAGACGGAGUUCCCGUCGAGAUUCAUCAGGAGGAAGGCGUUUAUGUGCCGGAAAUGAUUUUCGGCCAUCUGUUGACUAGUAGUAACUACAACGAUAAUGAGAAGAAGACCACCGGUGGACGAAACGGGUAUGGUGCGAAGCUCACCAAUAUCUUCUCCACUGAGUUCACCAUAGAAACAGCCGAUGGGAAGAGGCAGAAAAAAUACAAGCAGGUGUUUGAAAACAAUAUGGGGAAGAAGUCUGAACCGGUUAUCACCAAGUGCACUAAGAAGGAGAACUGGACCAAGGUCACUUUUCGACCUGACUUAGGGAAAUUCAGCAUGACUAGUUUAGAAGACGAUGUGGUUGCUCUAAUGAGCAAACGAGUUUUCGAUAUUGCUGGUUGUUUGGGAAAGACUGUGAAGGUGGAGCUGAAUGGCGUACAAGUUCCAGUUAAAUCAUUCAGUGAUUAUGUCAAUUUGUACCUUAGUGCAGCCAAUAAAUCAAGGCCUGAGCCUCUCCCAAGGAUGGUUGAGAAAGUCAAUGACAGAUGGGAGGUUUGUGUGAGCUUAAGCGAGGGGCAGUUUCAGCAGGUCAGCUUUGUUAACUCCAUUGCCACAAUCAAGGGUGGUACACAUGUUGAUUACGUGACCAGCCAGAUCACAAACUACAUUGUUGGUAUCGUGAACAAAAAGAACAAGAACGCUAAUGUGAAGGCCCACAAUGUGAAGAACCAUCUGUGGGUAUUUGUCAACGCCCUGAUUGACAAUCCUGCGUUUGAUUCCCAGACAAAAGAAACACUGACUCUUCGACAGACCAGUUUCGGGUCCAAAUGUGAACUUUCCGAAGAUAUUCUGAAGAAAGUGGCGAAAUCUGGAGUAGUAGAGAAUUUGCUUUCAUGGGCAACUUUCAAGCAGAGCAAAGAACUUACGAAAACUGAUGGAACUAAAACUGGGAGGGUUAUGGUUGAGAAGUUGGAGGAUGCAAACGAAGCUGGAGGGAAGAACUCUAAUAAGUGUACGUUGAUUUUGACUGAAGGAGAUUCAGCUAAAGCUCUAGCUAUGGCGGGGCUCGUGAAGGUGGGUCGUGACCAUUACGGUGUGUUUCCCCUUCGAGGAAAGUUACUGAAUGUAAGGGAAGCCAGCACCAGUCAGAUCACUAACAAUAAGGAAAUCGAGAACAUCAAGAAGAUCCUUGGACUGAAGCAGCAUGUGAAAUACGAGAACGUUAACUCCCUGAGAUACGGCAGUUUGAUGAUCAUGACUGAUCAAGAUCACGAUGGUUCCCACAUCAAGGGGCUCUUAAUUAAUUUCAUCCACUCUUUCUGGCCGUCAUUACUCAAGGUUAAAUCAUUCCUAGUUGAGUUUAUCACACCCAUUGUGAAGGCCACGCGCAAGAAGAGAGGCAACGAGAAAGAAGACACAGUUCUGUCAUUUUACUCAAUGCCUGAGUACGAAGAGUGGAAAGAAAGCCUGAGGGGUAAUGCAACCGGAUGGACUAUAAAAUACUACAAGGGAUUGGGGACGAGUACCUCUAAGGAGGGCAGAGAGUACUUUGAAAAACUUGAUAUUCACAAAAAGGAUUUUGUUUGGGAGAAUGAUCAAGAUGGAGAAGCUAUAGAACUUGCAUUUAGUAAAAAGAAGAUUGAAGCCCGAAAAAGCUGGCUUCUGAAGUUUGAGCCUGGCACUCAUCUUGACCAGAAGGAAAAGAAAAUUACGUACAGUGACUUUGUGAACAAAGAACUUAUCCUGUUCUCCAUGGCCGAUCUUCAAAGGUCCAUUCCUUCGGUGGUUGAUGGGCUCAAACCGGGACAGAGAAAGAUACUUUUCUGUGCGUUUAAGAGGAACUUAAUCAAGGAGGCCAAGGUUGCCCAAUUCUCUGGUUAUGUCUCAGAGCACUCAGCUUAUCACCACGGGGAGCAGAGUCUUGCCGGUACCAUCGUAGGUAUGGCGCAGGACUAUGUUGGCAGCAAUAAUAUCAACCUGCUUCGACCCAAUGGUCAAUUUGGUACCCGAUCUUCGGGUGGCAAAGAUGCAGCCAGUCCAAGAUACAUUUUCACAGCGCUCUCUCCAGCAGCAAGGGUCUUGUUUCCCAAGGAUGACGAUGUCCUCCUUAAUUACUUAUAUGAAGACGGACAAAAGAUAGAGCCAACUUGGUACAUGCCCAUCAUUCCAACUGUCCUAGUCAAUGGCUCUGAAGGAAUUGGAACAGGGUGGUCUACUUUCAUACCUAACUAUAACCCGAGAGACAUUGUUGCCAACGUAAGGCGUCUACUUAAUGGUGAAAGCUUGGUUCCUAUGGAUCCUUGGUAUAGAGGUUUUCAAGGAACUAUUGAGAAAACUGCAUCUAAGGAAGGUGGGUCUACCUAUACAAUCACUGGUGUAUACGAGGAGAUUGAUGAAACGAAUCUUUAUAUCACCGAGCUACCAGUCAGAAAGUGGACUGAUGAAUAUAGGGACUUCUUGAUGGGAAUGAAGACAGAUUCUGGGGCCCCCUUUAUCGAGAAAAUUGACGUGUACCAUUCCGAAAAGUCUGUCGACUUUAGGCUUACAUUGAGUGAAGCGAACAUGAUGAUGGCUCGGCAAGAGGGGAUCUUGAAGAAAUUUAAACUCACCACGACAGUUGCUACAACCAAUAUGCAUCUCUUUGCUCAAAACGGUGUGAUUAAGAAGUAUGCGACUCCAGAAGAAAUCCUUGAAGAGUUUUUCGACCUCAGGCUCCAAUACUACGAGAAGAGAAAGAAAGUGAUGUUGGAGAAUCUAGAAGAGGAGCUGCUGAAACUAGAUAACAAAUUGAAGUUUAUUCUUGGAGUUGUGAGUGGAGAAAUCAAAGUGAACAAUAGGAAGAAGGCUGAUCUUGUUCAGGAGUUGAGACAGAGAGGGUUUACACCAUUCCCGAAGAAGGCAAAACCUGUUGAAGCUGCAGUUGCCGGAGCAAUCGAUGCAACUGAGGAAGAAUCUGAAGAAAGCUCAGAGGCGCCUCCUGCAACAAGCUCCAUGUUCGUGUCUGGGUCAGACUAUGACUACCUAUUGGCAAUGGCUAUAUCUUCGCUGACUCUAGAGAAAGUCGAGGAGUUAAGUGCACAGAGAGAUAAAAUGAAGGAAGAAGUUGAAGAGUUGAAGAAAACCACACGAGAAUCACUCUGGCUCAAAGACCUAGACUCUCUCGAAAAGGAACUAGACAAUAUUGAUGCUCAUGACGAAGAAGAGCGAAUAAAGGCAGCAGAAGAUGCAAAGAAAGACAAGGCCGGUGGUGGAGCAGCAAAAAAAGGUCGAAAACCGGCGGCAAGGAAACCACCAGCACCGAAGAAGACCACAAAGAAGGAAUCAGAAACCGCAGAGGCUUCCACCAACUCAGCAAUGGACACAGAGAGCAACGUAGUGGAAGUUGUGAAGCCUAAAGGUAGACAAGCAGCCAAAAAGAAAGCUCCGGUUGCUCCUCCAGCUGCUGAGGUUGAUGAUGAUGUGAUGCUUGAUCUCGCAGAAAGGAUUAAGCAAUACAAUAUAAGCAAAGAGACAACUGAGACAUCCAAACCAAUAUCUUUGGAUGAUGAUAGUGAUGAAGACGUGGUGGUGGUUGAGGCUGCACCAGCAAAGGGAGGAAGAAAACCAGCUGCGAAACCACCGGCUGCUCCGAGGAAACGUGGACCAGCGGCGAGCAAGAAGCAGGCGCCAGUUGUGGAGGUUGUUGGUGUGUCUCCGGUGAAGAAAGUGAGGAAGAUGAGAUCUUCGCCGUUUAACAAGAAGAGCGGUUCUGUAAUGGCGAGGUUGGCUACUACUAGUAACAACAAUACGGAGGUGGAGGAAGGAGGGAGUAGUGAGAGUGUUGUGGCGGAAAAGAUAGCGAGGCCUCUGAGAGCAAACAGGAAGCAAAUGAGGUAUGUGCUGAGUGACUCGGAGAGUGAGUCUGGGAAUGAUUCUGAGUUUGAGGAGAUUGAAGACGACGAAGACUUUGAGUAG